AUAGGAAUUAUAAUGAAUACUUAUGUGGCCAGUAACAUCUUGAGGGCUUCAUAGCGUGGGCCUGACGGUGUUAAUUGACUGGGCCGUCUGAUUGGCUGGUGGAGUGCGGUGGGCGGGGCCUGUGCUGUUCAUCCGGAGGGUCAGUCGUGUUGACAGGGAGGCAGCAGCAGCAGCAGCGAUGGCUUCCAGCCUGAGGCAGGAGUACUUUCAGAUCCCUGUGGUGACUCGAGCGUAUACGACGGCCUGCGUCCUCACCACCGCCGCCGUGCACCUGGAGGUCGUCACUCCGUCCCAGCUCCACUUCAACCCAGACCUCAUCAUCACAAGGUGCCAGGUAACUGCUCCAGUGUCACUAAACUCAGGAAAGGCAGAGGUCAGAGGUCGGAGGUGGUGGUUGACGUCUCUGUUCACGUCUCUCUCUCAGAUAUGGCGUCUGAUAACCAGCUUCCUCUUCUUUGGUUCUCUAGGAUUCAGUUUCUUGUUCAACAUCAUCUUUCUCUAUCGUUAUUGUCGGAUGCUGGAGGAGGGAUCCUUCAGGGGCAGAACUGCAGACUUCGUGUUCAUGUUGCUGUUCGGAGGAGUCGUCAUCACUCUGUUCGGCGUGGUGGCCAACGUCUUCUUCCUCGGCCAGGCCUUCAUCAUCAUGCUGGUGUACGUGUGGAGCAGACGUCACCCGCUCACACGCAUCUACUUCUUGGGUCUCCUGAGCUUCCAGGCCCCGUUUCUCCCCUGGCUGCUCAUGGGAUUUUCGCUGCUGCUCGGAAACUCCAUCGUGGUCGACCUGCUAGGUCUGAAACCAAAACUACCGGUAACUGUGUGUUUUAACCAAUCCAUCCCACAUAACGAGUUGCUUCCUUCCUCAGGCAUCAGUGUUGGUCACAUGUACUACUUCUUAGAAGAUGUGUUUCCGAACCGGGCUGGAGGAAGAAAGCUGCUGAGGACACCUGACCUCCUGCACGUCGUGUUUGACCAACUGGACAACACAGAUGAGAGAAGGCUUCCGCUGGAGGAGCAGCAGGACGGGGAGCUGCAACAGGACGAGGGGCCACACAACUAAGAGUGAGAGUAUCAGCUAACACGACUUCUGAGCGUCACUCAUGUUUGUUGCGGGGAGGAGCAGGAGUGAGGACUGACCCAGGACGGGUUCACAAACAUCCCAUCAGCUUGUCUGCUCACUCUGCACUUUCACCCAUUGUGGGUUAAACACCAGGCACCAAAUGGAAACUGCUUAGUACAACAACACUG